GGCGACGCUCAGUCUCGCCUGUCGCAAUCCGGUGCAGAUAUACGUGCAAUUACCCUGUCAACGGUACUUAAAAUCUCCGGCUCUCCGUCGCGGCGGAGCUUUUGCGAGACAGGUCGGAUCGGACCCGGGGUUUCGUCGAGUGAUCGAAGGGAUUUCCAUAUUUUUCUCUAUUUUCACAAAGGUGUUUUUUAAACGGUGCGGUUUUCGCGGGCUGAGAAAAUUAACCCGUUACACCCCCGUAAACGAGGGUUGCUGACUUUGUUUUAUCGGGGGGUUUUGAAAAUCUACGGAAACGGGGUGACGAAAAAAACGGGGAAAAUCGAAGGGGUGAAUCCGUUGUUGAAAGGAAAGACAGUUGAUUUCCGGUGGUGCGAAACGCGUGCGAUUAGACCGCGUCGUACGCUGUCUGUUUGCAGCGCACCUUGUAGCGGCAAGUGAGGUGAAAUCGUCGUCACGAUGCUCUGACAUUAGCGCCAAAACACUGUAGUGAAUCUUGACUGAAUUUGAAAGGAAAUAUACAGUUCGCCUAGUUAAUCGCCUGCACUCGCGAGAGAGAGGAGGCGGGGGAUUUAUCGCCCGCAAUUCCCCGUGACGAACCGUCAUUAGCCGCCUCUGAAAUCUCGACAAUUUCUUUCAAGAUCAUGGAUCGCCACCUGUGGCUAGGCGUUAUUCUGCUUUUUGCUAUUUCACAAGGUGUGAGAUGCUUGCGGGACGUCAGUCUGGAAAUUUUCCCCGAGGCUGUUCAGAGAGGUCAAGAAGCGAUUUUACGAUGUCGCUACGACCUGCAGGACAGACCGCUAUACUCGGUCAAGUGGUACCGGGGUAACCACGAGUUUUACCGAUUUGCACCCAAGGACUCACCGGCGACAAAGACCUUCUCCAUCAACGGCAUCAACGUUGACGUCACGAACUCGAACAGUAGUCAAGUUAUGCUGAGGAACGUGGAUUUCAGACUCUCCGGGAACUUUAGCUGCGAGGUUACGACCGAUGCACCAUCAUUCUCAACGGCCUAUGUGACGAAGAAUUUGAACGUUGUAUCUUUACCCCAAGCAAUGCCCACGAUUGCAACCGGUAGAGACCGUUAUGAUCCUGGAGAUACUCUCGAAGCAAAUUGCACUUCACCGCCUUCAAAACCAUCCACCCACCUUUCAUUCACGCUCAACAACGUGCCGGUCGGUCAAGCCAGCGUGAAGCAUCGCAACUUCGACUUGAACUUCGAUGGUCGUCAACAUCUCGGCACGAGCUCCGGACUUUUAGGGAGCGAGCUAAGCCUGGUCCUCAAACUGCUUCCGUCUCAUUAUGUCAACGGUCAAUUGAACCUGCGAUGCUUGGCUGAGAUUCCAGCCGUAUACAAGUCGAUGAGCGAAGUGCAGCUCGGUCCAGGACAACGAGAGCCGAUCCCCGAGAGAGCUAACGCGAGUCUAAAACCGAUUGGAACACGGCUCGAUCAACAAUCUAUUAAAGAGAUGGAACUGUCUGAAGUUGAUGAGCUUCUCCAUGAAAUGGAAGCAACGGAGGCUGAGCUUGCUAAACGGAUUAGCAACAAAAGUUCGUAUCAGAUUCAUCAAGGAGAUGUGUGCCGCCUGAAUUCUAUUAGCGAAAACGAUAUCAGAUUUAAAGAAGUGGAUAGGGACCAAGGAAUGAAUAGUGCAUCCUCAGUUCGUCACUUGGACUCUAACUCUCAAUGUACUAAAUUAAGUGAUCCUUACCAAAUUCUUCCAACAGCCGUGACGAACAUCUCUAUGGCUUUUGAUGAGGAUUCCCUACAUUUAGAUGCGACUGACAAGAUGAUAGCUGAUUUUAAAACUUGGCGUUACAACUGUUGCCCAACAAUGCCACAGAAGGUUGAACAAGCUAAUAAUAACCGUAAGGAUAGUAUGCCUGUGCACGAGGAUGUGGGAAAACAAACUUAUGGCCAGUCAAAUUCUUUGCCAAAUACAAAUAUUGAUGAAACUAAAAAAAUCAUUGCUACAGAUCAACCUCCACUAGCCGUCGAUAGUGACAAUCCACAUUUGCACGUAUCAAAUAAUCAUACGAUUUCAAAUACUGCUGCUUCGAAUUUGCAUAGUGAUAUUUCGAAAGCUUACCCGCCUAUACAUUCCACACAUGUAGAAUCUGGUCAAAGGCAGUUUGCACAAUCUCAUAGAAACUCUUAUAGCACUGGUAAUUUAUUGACUUGCACAAAUGAGGACGUCCACGUUUUUGAAAAUAUUAACGCAACGCACAAGAUGGGUAAUGAUGCAGCUACAAAUACAGAAUUCUCAAGGAAAUCACACCGCCUAUUAACACUAUCUGACUUUUGGGAAUCGGAUCCAAGUAAAUCUCAAGAGGAUAUGCUUCGGAUUAAAUUGGAAGAAGAAAAAUUUAGAAGAGAUCAUUGCGAGCACUUGAUUCAGGAACUUCAAAAAAGACUGCUUGAACAGCAAGAAAAAGUAGCAGUAGCGGUGAGAGUGGAUAAUGAAAAAAAUGUUGUCAUAACAAGACUUCAAAAUGCUUGGACCAAAUUAAGAUUGAGGUGGCAAGUAUUGGAAGCAGAAUCAAGUGACUUACAUUUAACGCUGAAAAACGUGAAAAAUAAACAUCAAGUGGAAUGUACUGAACUUCAAUCCCAGAUUAAACGGUACGAAGGGGAAUUAUCCAAAGCGCUGGAUCUAGCCGGUGGUUAUAAAGAAAAAAGUGAUACCUUGACUAAAGAAAAAGUGGAUUUAUUAAAGAGUCAUGCUGAUGAGCUAGAAAAUUAUAAAUCUUUAGUUCAAGAAGUUGAGAAUAGGUAUAGUCAAUUGAAAAUUGAAUACAACAAAGUAGUAGAUCACAACCAACAACUUGGAACGGCACUGAAAAAUACUCAGCAAGAAGUGAAUAAAGAGAGACUCCGAGGUGGUGAGGUCAGAGAAGAAAUGGGUGUAAUUCAUAAAGCUCUCGACGCCUGUGAAGCAGAGCUGAUCGUUCUUCGCCAAGAAAAGGAAAAUCUUCAGUUAAAAUUAAAAGAGGAAACAAAUAGAAAUCAUAUUUUGGAACAAAAUAAGUCUACGCUUCUUACAGCCAUAGAUGAAGCAAAAAUGGCAGAGAAAACAGCUAACGCAGAGGCAAAGUCUAUAGCUGCUCAACAAGAAAGAAUAAGAGUAGAAUUGCGGGAGGUAUACCAGAAACAAGUCGACGAAGUAGUGAAAGCUAAGCUCCAAGAAUUUCAGUCACAACUAGAUGCAGCUGAAUCAGCGUUUCACUCUGAGUUGGAAAGUAGACAGCGUGCAAUUGCCGAAUGUGCAGCUAGGAAGAUCAAAACUGUUCUUGAUAAACAUCAGCUGGAGAUAAAUUUAUUGGAAGAGAAGCAUAAGGAAGAGAAACGGCUGUAUGAAAUUCAAUUGGCCCAGGCGAUGCAACAGGUUUCAAUGCUGAACACUAAAUUGAAUUCUCAACAUGCCAGCAAGACUCAACUUGCCGAGCAAUUGCACUCAGUCAUGCAAAGGCAAUGGCAGCAAGCAUUGCAAAUUAUAUCCGGUGGUAAUAUGGAUAAUCUAACCCCCAUACAACGUAUUCAUGCUGAAAAGCUUUUUGAAAAUAAACAACCAAUGAAGUCAGAAUCCAGCCCAAAUAUCGGGAGUAGUAUUAUGGAGCCUAUGCGACUAGAGUCACAUUCCAUGCCUGUGAUUGAUGGAAGGGGCUUCCUUUCUGCUCGUUUACCUGAAGAAAGAGAUGGACAAUCCAAAUCAAACAAUUCAGCUGAAAAUACCCCAUUAACAAGCCGCAGAGAUCAGCCAAAAGACGAUCUUCGUAGAUAUAUCAAAAUGAUAUUGGAUAUGCAACAGCCGAAGUCAAACUUUGUGCGCGCACCGUGUUCUGAGUCACGCCAAAGUCCAACUCCGAUUUGCAGAGAAGUCCCCAGAAAGCAUUACACGAAGAAAGAACAGAGUUUUCUCAGUGAAGAUAGCAGUGUUGUUUGGCAACCAAAUUCCGAGGUCUUUCCUCAAGAAGAAAGUGAAUAUGUUUCUGUUCCUCAAAAACCGGUGACAAAAGGGGAUCAGCAGAAAAAUAAACCUCCGUGGAAAUGAUUUUUUUCAAUUUAAUUAUGUUGAACCACAUUAAUAAUGUCGAAUUUUGACAGUUAACUACGUAUACUCAUUUGUAAAAUAUGUAAGCAUGAACGUAUCCAGUACAUUCUCAUCUACGAACGAAUUUUGUAUCCCAAUGCAGCUCAUUAAAAAUACGAACUUUUCAA